AUGUUCAAGGAGAAUUUUGGGUCCACUUAUCGCAGGCUUGCAGAUGAAAAGAGUGUAACAGUGAAGGACCUCGGUAAAGCCAAAAUUGCUUUCUUCGCGACCCAUGAGAUAUGCUUGAUCACCUACAAAUCUUUAUACUACCCUUUCAGUUCUACCUCAAACACAAAGAGCACCUUUGACUGUGGUCCUUUGAGAGAGCGCUGGCAAGUUGAUGAGCUUGAAACCCUCAGAGACCGUGGAUGGACAGUCCAUUACUAUGUCGCCGCUGGUCGAUUGCUAGAUGCUACUUCAAACAAGCUGGAAGCGGAAAAGGUUCUUGGAAAUGAAUACCAUGACCGUCCCUUCCUUGAGAAGUGCACUGUAAUUGAGUUCAACGCCGAGGAGGAAGACGACGUUGUGGAGGACGACGAAGACGCGCUGAUAUCUACGUACACAACGCUGAGUGUGAAAGAUGAUGUAGGAAUUGAAGUAGAUUUACUCGCACUUUGUUUUUAA